UCCAUGUGAUAGGGUUUCAACAUUCUAACGACACAACUAUUCCACCGCCAAUUUGCAAAGCUCCGAUGAAUUUCAAAAAGUCUCUGAUGUCGCGCGCAGUUCUCCCGGACGACCUCAUUUCCCGAAUCCUAUCAUUCCUUCCGGUGAAAUCUCUUCUGCAACUCAGGUGCGUCUGCAAGUCAUGGAAAACCCUAAUCUCCCAACCCACUUUCAUCAAACUACACCUUCAUCAAUCCGCAAAAACCCCCCAAAUCGCACUAAUAUCAUUCUCAUUCAACGGUUUCAAAAUCUUACCUUACCCGAUACAUCGAUUAGUCGACAACACCUCCUCCAUCACCCUCCCUCACAAAAUUCCCUUCCUAUUGGGUUACAUUGGAAACUAUCGUCUUGUUGGUUCUUCCAACGGAUUACUCUGCAUACUGGUAAAAUUUUCCUGUGAUAGUUUUGAUGAAAUUGUUCUUUAUUUAUUGAACCCGGCAACCAGGAAAUUAUCUAACAAAAUAGUUUUUCUUCAUGAGUCUCACCCUAAGUUGUACAAAGAUCCAUUUAGAUCAUGGAAAUUCUCGUUUGGAUAUGAUAAUUCAACUGACACAUAUAAGAUUGUUGCAUCCAGUGAAAUGGGAAGAGAGGUGAAAGUUUUUACUUCCGGCGGUGAUCAUGUUUGGAGAAACAUUGAAAGUUUACCUUUGGUUCCUCGCGAGUAUGGUGUAUAUAGUGAACUGGGUGUUAGUAACAGUGUUCAUGUUAGUGGCAGUCUUAAUUGGCUGGCAAUUCGAAAUGAGUCUCGUUAUGAUUUAUAUGAUUGCAGAGUUAUUCCAAUUGACCAAUUUGUGAUUGUUUCACUUGAUUUGAAGACGGAGACAUAUCGUCAGUUGCGAAUCCUUCGUGGUUUUGAUGAAGCACCACUGCUUGAGCCGAUUCUUGUUGUGUUGAUGGAUUGUCUUUGUUUUUGUCAUGAUUUCCAUGGAACUGAUAUGGUUAUUUGGAAGAUGAAGAAAUUUGGAGUUGAAGAGUCUUGGACUCGGUUUAUCAAAGUUAGUUACCAAAGUUUUUCAUACGAUUUUCCAAAAUUGAUCUUGUUCCCGUUGUGCCUUUCUCCGAAUGGCGAGACAUUGGUUUUGGGAUGGAAUGGUGGAGAUAAGCAAGCCAUUCUUUAUAAUUUGAGAGAUGAUAGAGCUGAGAAAACUGCAAUUACCAAUAAAGUUCAGUGGAUUAGUUCCACAGCUUAUGUUGAAAGCUUGGUUUCAACAUGUUGAAAGUCUGAAGUGUUAUGUUUUUAGAGACUAUCAAGUGAAGAUAUUUUCAUGCCUGCUUUGAUGAUCUUUGUAACAAUAUCGACGAUCUGGAAGGUGAAAAUUGAGGGAAAACCAUAGCAAUUUCGCUAGUUAUUUCAUUUUGCCUGCAUUGUGUAUUGCAUUGUCUACAAUAUGAGUGAGUUGCAUAUGGCUACGCCAAACAAUUAUGAGUUGCAUUUUCUAUUUACAAAAUUAUCUUUGGCUUGCUGGGAUUAUGGUAUGAUCAUUCGGCUUUAAGAAUCUUCUUUCUCUGAUGUUUUAAACUUUACUUUUGAAAAUUUUAAAUGCUUAGUUAUAUGUUACUGUUCAUGUCUCUGAACAAUGAUAUUUCGCCCUUGAACAAAUCUGUGUAGUCUUUAGAAAAUACAGUUUAUUUGUCUUGCAAUUUCAGUUACACACCAUUUCUUUUCCGUGCAACAUCAAUAAAGUGUUAUUCCUGUAAGUGGGUUUGACUAGUUGAAUUAAAUUAUGUCAUAAUAUUCUAUCUAAGAUCAUUUUCUCUCUAAUUCAAUUAUCUCAAAGAUCUUUUUAAUAGUUUUUUUUUUUGUUUUCCUUUACUUCUAGUUGUUUGAUUUCUCUCUAUCUCAUCUAUUUUCCUUACAAUAGAACUUAUAUAUUUUUUCUCUAUAUGUACAACCUAGCUAAAUCUAUUUUUCACCAUCUUUUCUAUUAUAGGUGUUACCCUAACACUCUAAUAUUGUCAUUUAUAAUCUUAUAUUGUCUAAUUUUAC